AUGUACCUAACCAAAGCUGAUGCUGCCUCCGAAGAGGCCAGUGCACCAGCCAAAGGUGAUGCUGCCUCUGAAAGGGCCAGUGCACCAGCCAAAGCUGAUGCUGCCUCCAAAGAGGCCAGUGUACCAGCCAAAGCUGAUGCUGCCUCCAAAGAGGCAAGUGCACCAGCAAAAACUGAUGCUUCCUCGAAAGCUGCCAGUGCAACAGCCAAAGCUGAUGCUGCCUCUGAAGAGGCCAGUGCAAACGCCAAAACUGAUGCUGCCUACGAAGAUGCCAGUGAAACAUCCAAUGCUGAUGAUGCCUCCAAAGAGGCCAGUGCACCAGCCAAAGUUGAUGCUGCCUCUGAAGAGUCUAGUGCACCAGCCGAGGCUGAUACUCCCUCCAAGGAGGCCAUUGCACCAGCCAAAGCUAAUACUGCCUCCGAAGAGGCAAGUGCACUAGCCGAAGCUGAUGCGGCCUCUGAAGAGGCCAGUGAGCUAGCCAAAGCUGAUGCUGCCUCAGAAGCUGCAUGUGAACCAGCCAAAGCUGAUGCUGCCUCCAAAGAGGCCAGUGCACCAGCAAAAGCUGAUGCUGCCUCUGAAGAGGCCAAGGCCAGUGCACCCGCCAAAGCUGAUGCUGCCUCUGAAGAGGCCAGUGCACUAGCCAAAGCUGAUGCUGCCUCCAAAGCUGCCAGUGAACCAGCCAAAGCUGAUGCUGCAUCCGAAGAGGCCAGUGCACCAUCCAAAGCUGAUGCUGCCUCCGAAGAGGCCAGUGAAACAGCCAAAGCUGAUGCUGCCUCUAAAGAGGCCAGUGCACCAGCCAAAGCUGAUGCUGCCUCUAAAGAGGCCAGUGCACCUGCCAAAGGUGAUGCUGCCUCUAAAGAGGCCAGUGCACCAGCCAAAGAGGCCAGUGCACCAGCCAAAGCUGAUGCUGCCUCUGAAGAGGCCAGUGAAACAGCCAAAGCUUAUGCUGCCUCCAAAUCUGCCAGUGCACCAUCCAAAGCUUAUGCUGCCUCUGAAAAGGCCAGUGUACCUGCCAAACCUGAUGCUGCCUCCAAAGAGGCCAGUGCACCAGCCAAAGCUGAUGUGGCCUCCGAAGAGGCCAGUGCACCAGCCAAAGUUGACGCUGCCUCUGAAGCUGCCAGUGAACCAGCCAAAGCUGAUGCCUCCUCCGAAGAGGCCAGUGCACCAGUCAAAGCUGAUGCUGCCUCCGAAGCUGCCAAUGAACCAGCCAAAGCUGAGGCUGAUUCCAAAGAGGCAAGUGCACCUGCCAAAUCUGAUGCGGCCUCCGAAGAGGCCAGGGCACCAGCCAAAGCUGGUGCUGCCUCCGGAGCUGCCAUUGAACCAGCCAAAGCUGAUGCGGCCUCCGAAGAGGCCAGUGCACCAGCCAAAGCUGAUGCUGCCUCCGAAGAGGCAAAGGCCAGUGAACCAGCCAAAGCUUAUGCUGCCUCUGAAGAGGCCAGUGCACCAGCCAAAGCUGAUGCUGCCUCCAAAGCUGCCAAUGAACCAUCCAAAGCUGAUGCUGCCUCCAAAGAGGCCAGUGCACCAGCCAAAGCUGAUGCUGCCUCCGAAGAGGCCACUGUACAAGCCAAAGCUGAUGCUGCCUCCAAAGCUGCUAGUGCACCAGCCAAAGCUGAUGCUGCAUCUAAAGAGGCCAGUGCACCAGCCAAAGCUGUUACUGCCCCCGAAGAGGCCAGUGUACCAGCCAAAGCUGAUACUGCCUCUGAAGAGGCCAGUGCACCAGCUAAAGCUGAUACAGCGUCUAAAGAGGCCAGUGCACCAGCCAAAGCUGAUGCUGCCUCCGUAGCUGCCAGUGAACCAUCCAAAGCUGAUGCUGCCUCCAAAGAGGCCAAUGCACCAGCCAAAGCUGAUGCUGCCUCAAAAGCUGCCAGUGAACCAGCCAAAGCUGAUGCUGUUGUCGAAAAGUCCAGUGCACCAGCCAAAGAGGCCAGUGCACCAGCCAAAGCUGAUGCUGCCUCCGAAGAGGCCACUCUACAAGCCAAAGCUGAUGCUGCCUCCAUAGCUCCUAGUGCACCAGCCAAAGCUGACGCUGCAUCUGAAGAGGCCAGUGUACUAGCCAAAGGCGAUGCUGCCUCCGAAGCUGCUAGUGCACUAGCCAAAGCUGAUACUGCUCUCGAAGAGGCUAGUGUAUCAGCCAAAGCUGAUGCUGCCUCCGAAGAGGCCAGUGCUCCAGUUAAAUCUGAUACUGCCUCCAAAGAGGCCAAUGCACCAGCCAAAGCGGAUGCUGCUUCUGAAGCUGCCAGUGAACCAUCCAAAGCUGAUUAUGCCUCCAAAGAGGCCAAUGCACCAGCCAAAGCUGAUGCUGCCUUCGAAGCUGCCAGUGCACCAGCCAAAGGUGAUGCUGCCUCCGAAGAGGCCAAUGCACCAUCCAAAGCUGAUUUUGCCUCCAAAGAGGCAAGUGAACCAGCCAAAGCUGAUGCUGCCUCCGAAGCUGCUAGUGCACCAUCCAUAGCUGAUGCUGCCUCUGAAGAGUCCAUUGAACCAUCCAAAGCUGAUGCUGCCUCCUAA